UUAUGUUUCGAUCACGUUGAUGUUUAUUUAUCUUCUCGAAGACUUUUAUCUUUCCAUCGGUCGAGUAUAAUAAUUCGUCGAGUAUAUUAAUGAAAUUAAUACAUUUGAUUCAGAAAAGAAAAAUAACAAAGAAUAUAUUUCUUUGUAAAAGAAAAUACUCUUGUUAAAUUAUUACAAAGAACAUUGUAGUGCCUACAAACUUCAUAUAUAUAUAUAUAUAUAUAUAAAUGUUGUUUUAACAUAACCUCAAAUAAAUAAUAAAAGAUGAUCUUCGAGUCGGCCGAUGAAUCGAGAGACUUCCUUACGCGAUAUAAAAUAGAUUAUCCUUCGAGGGAUGCGAAGAAAUUGGCAAAGUAUGAACCGAAAAAGUUUUAUCCAACAUCCUUGAAUAUAUUAAAUGAACCAUAUAAAUGUCAUUUAAAUACAACACAGCUAAAUGAUACUUUACCUUUGGAGGAAAGAACGGAAAAUCCUCGAUAUUAUAUGAAUAGGGUAAACGAAAAGUAUCCGCAUUUGAAAAAAUUUAUUCUCGAAUCUUCUUUAAACGAAGAACUUGUCGAACGAGAAAAUAAAAAAGUGAAACGAACUAUUUAUCAAACGGAUUAUUCUAAAGAUCUUGAUGAUUUUUUAUCUUUGCGUGAUCAAAAGUUAGGAACGCAUACGGAACAAGUAACUUUACCUGAGGACUGGGUUAUCCCGGAAACCGUACAAAAACGAUCUUUUCGAGAUCCUUGGAAAAUGAUUAGAAGGGAUUUAUUACUCGUUAAAGUCAAAGGAAAACCAGAAAAUAAUCUCGAUCCUAAUCCCAAAGAACGUGAAAUUCUUCGCAUCAGAACUGGAAAAUCUGAAUACAAAGAUGCGAUCGGUAAAACAGGAGAUAUGAUUAUGAAAGAGAAACUUUAUGGCAUACCAUUACCAAUCGAGCCGACCGUCAUAUUUCCAACAAAGGAUGAUCCUGAUAAGAAGUCUGAAUGUUCUAUUAUUCUAGCAUCCAAAAAUGUGGCAUUACCAUCGAAUGUAUUUUGACUUUUCAUUGUUAAAACAUAAAAUUAAUAUUUCGUUCAAAUGUACAAGUAAAUUUAAGGUUAUGGAUUAAUGAUCAAUCGAUCAAACAAUCGUUAUUUUCGGUAAAAAAUAAAAUAUAGUAAAUUAAAUUACGUUCUGUUGCUAGUUAACUUUACAUGGCAAAGAUCAUAAUUUACAUGUAUAUACAUACAUAUAUGUGUGUGUGUGUGUGUGUGUGCGCGCGCGUGUGCGUAUACGUGUAAACUGGUGAGAAAUAAUUUUUUUUUAUAGAAAUGGUCCACAUUUCGUUUCAAACUUUCUUUUUUACAUAAUGUUAUUUUUAAUGUAGAAAAAAAAAAAGGAAAAAAAGAAAGAAAGGAAAGAAAAACAAAAUUUUGCUAGCAUUACAAAGUAUAGUAAACGCAUAAACAUUGGAUUUCUAUAUCCUAUCCUUUACACUAAAUUUAUUUAUAUCGUCCAGAAAGUACUUGUGAAAUUUGAUUUUGAAGUUACUGUCCAGAUC